CUAUGACGAAAACCGAUGCAUCUACCCUACCUCCAACAGUGUAUCGCAGCAAAAUAUUUAGAGUUAUAUACUUAUAUACCUACUUCUAAGUUCUUAACAAUCUUUAGUUUUAGAUUUGACUGGGAAAACUCCGUUGAAUGUUUUGGAUAUCAUUAGUGAAAUGAUACCGACGAAAGCUACCCACAGAAAUGUUCUCUCAAUCUGGAAAACUGGAAAUAAUUCAGCAGUCGACUAAUUGCAGUUUAAUUAUGGAAAUGGUGACAGCAGUAUUUAAGAAAUAAAUCUAUCGUUCUUUUAAGCUAUAGCUAAGGUAUAUGCAAGAGUAUUUUUUGUGUUUAAUACGUAAAACAAACGAAUAGGAAAGACAUCACGAAAACUAUUUCAAUACUAACGAUAAGCAGCUGUUAGGAAAGGUAGCUCGUCAGGAUGGAUUGGGGAUCACUUCCGUUGGAACUGCUUCAGGCCAUUUUUGAACAACUGCAUUUCAAGGACCAAUUAAGCUGUGCACUUGUUUGUCGCGCCUGGAACCAAGCAAUAUUCGAGUGCCCUUCGCUGGCCAAUCGAGUGGUGUUCUCGUUCGAUGCGGCUCACACGGAACAGUUGAGGUCGAUCAUACCGAUGAGUGAAAGAAACUAUCGGCAAUUAGCCAUCGGGUUGAGCGUGCCGUGGAAUCAGGACAUCGAGAAGUGCUUGGGUGAAGCCAUCCAGCAGUGGAACAUCCGGUUCGUUUCUUUGGUGGGUGAACCGGACAAAGUGCGCGACUGUCUGGACUCAAACAUGCCGUUUUUUAGUUCGCUCACGGAGCUGAAUCUAGAGUUCACGUUGACCCGUGCUUGGCCUGCCAUUGACAUUAGAGAGUUAGAGCUGAGCCAGUUGAAGAAGAUGCACUAUUUGCAGGUCUACACCGGUGCAACACAGACCAAUACACUCUUCCGGUUUGUGCUUCCAAAGGUGGAAGAAGUUUCUCUGGUUCUGGAUUCCUUGGCAAACGAGGAAGCGAUGUACUGGGAAGAUCCUUUGAUUGAACUGUCCGGCUGCGAUCGCCUCAGAUCCCUGGAGGUUGAUUUGAACGGAACCAUGUGGGAGGAUUUUUUCGCCAUACACAAACCGUAUAUGGAACGGUUGGUAAUCCGUCGAGCGAUCGAUGAAUAUCAGAACCGCAACUGGAAUCACGAGUUUUCCAAAAUGCCAAAUCUACGACACGUAGAGUUCACCUUCGCGAAUAAUGAUAUGCUAACCUGUUUGAACCGAAACUGUAAAAAGAUCGAAAGACUGCUCAUCAAUGGAUUCUGUCUGGACGAUGGCACCUUUGUCAGCAGUAUGCAGUUUCCGAUUCUGAGAAAUUUACACAUGGACGGAUGGUCAAAUGGAUCGCUCUUUUCCAACGAGCUAUCACUUACUCUAGACAAUCUGGAAGACCUUACCUGGAAGUACGUAGAACUGACUCCUGCUCAGGGCAUAUUCACUCUCAUUGCGCCCAACGUGAAACGCCUUACGCUUAGAGGCUGCGAAUACGCUCGUUUCGAACUGGAUAUCGGCAGCCGGUUAGUGUCACUCGACAUGGACUACUACGGAGUACAGAUAGUGGCACCGAAUUUCCUGAAUCGGCUAGAUCACCUGAGGCACCUGACACUCCACAUCAGUGGCCGGUCUGCAUUGUUGGCCUCCAAAAUGUGCCAUCUUCGUCAUGUCAAACGGCUGGAAGUGGUGUGCUCUACCGAGAGCUACGGAUACGAUUGUAACGAUCUCUUCGAAAGCAUUUGCCACAAUUUGGUAGAACUGGAAGAAUUCGUCCUGAGAAAUGAGCACGAAAAUAUGCUUAAGUUAGAUUACCGGCAUUAUACGAAACUUGCCAAUUUGACUCAGCUGAAAGUGUUAACGCUACAGUACGUCACGCUGCAGAAUGUUACCGGUGGGACGGAACUGAAACACGUGCCACAUUUGAACGUGGGGGGUUGUUCCACCUCAGGAGAUUGCGCCGUUCGUCCUAGUCUGAUGGAAGUGGAGAGCUAACAUAGAUGAAAGAAUUAGUGCGAAGAUUAGUAAUAAUGUACACUGGUUUUCACAUUCAUUGAUCACUCACUUUAAGUAGUCAAAUCACACGCCGAAUAGUGUGGCUAGUAGAGUAAUAUUUAUUAUAUGAUCCAAAAGAAUGUUAUGCUUACCUCUGAUACUAAAUAAUUUAACAUCACAACUUAUUUUAAUAGAAAGGAGUAAUGAAGUACCUAUAGUUUAUACAAAGUUUUUUAAAUGUAAGUGAUAACAUAAAAGAACUCAAUUGCUUUUUCAUUUAA